AGUGAUAGAUUACAACGGUAAAUGUUGGCAGAGUCUGGUCGGGUUUUUAAGAGAGGCUUGGGCUUAUAGAAAAGAGUUGAUAAGGGAAUUUAAUUUUUGAUUCGUAAAUAAUAAAGUCGUUGAUAGUUUGAUAGAUUAAGUGUAAUUUGAAAUUAGUUAUUAACGUUUUUAUUUGUCUUUGAUCAGUCCAGCCACAUUAACGCCAACAUCGUACUUGAUUGGUGUCAUAGUGAGAAUGUUCGGUUUUAGUCAGCCUGGUUACCCACCAGCUCAAAACUAUCCACCCGCGCAAGAUUUUUAUCCAGGAGCACAAGGAUAUGCUCCUCCUCCACACGGACAGUACCCUCCUGCCCAGGGACAAUAUCCACCACCUCAGGGGCAAUACCCUUAUCCGCAAGGACAGUAUCCACCUCCUCAUGGGCAGUACCCACCUCCUCAUGGGCAGUAUCCGUCUCCUCAAGGACAGUAUCCUCCUCCGCAAGGCUAUCCCCAGCCAGUCAUUUCUGCCCAGCCUCAAAACUAUCCUCAUCCGGGGAUGGAAGGCCAACGUCCAGAUGGCUGGAUGGGUGUGCCAAGCGGCGUUCCUGUCAAUUGUCCACCUGGCUUGGAAUAUCUUGCCCAGAUCGAUCAACUUCUCAUCCAUCAGAAAGUUGAAAUUCUCGAAGUGUUGACUGGAUUUGAAACGGCCAACAAGUUCACAGUGAAGAACAGCGUAGGCCAGAAGGUGUACUAUGCAGUUGAGGAGUCCGGCUGUUGUGGCAGGAAUUGCUGCGGCCCGAUUCGGCCCUUCGAUAUGAAGAUUCUCGACAACUACAAAAAUACAGUCAUGGAGUUGAGUAGACCUCUAGCCUGUCAAUCGUGUUGUUUCCCAUGCUGUCUACAGACGAUGGACGUGUUUGCUCCUCCUGGCAACCUGAUUGGUAGAAUUGAACAGGAGUGGAGCAUUCUGACCCCGACAUUCGCCAUCAAGAACGCAGCUGGAGACACUGUUCUGAAGCUGGAGGGACCCAUGUGUCGAUUCCAACUUUGCGGCGAUGUUGAUUUCAAGGUAUUGUCAAGAGAUGGAUCCGAAGUGGUCGGUAAGAUUUCAAAGCAGUGGGCUGGCCUCCUCAGAGAGAUGUUCACUGAUGCCGAUUAUUUUGGAAUAACCUUUCCGAUGGAUCUUGACGUGAGAAUGAAGGCCGUCAUGCUUGGAGCUUGCUUCCUCAUUGACUACAUGUUUUUUGAAAAAGUGGGAAAUGCCGAGAACGAUUCAUUUGGAAUGCUCUAAUUUCAUCAAAAGUAAAUUUAAUCCAGCUGCCUUAAUCCAAAGGAAUAUUAUUCUUCUUUACUCUAUACAACAUACAAAAAGCUUAGCUUUUAUGAUUGAUUAUAUAUUAUAGUAUUUAUAUCAUGACUUAUAAUGAAACGUAAGACUAACUAUCAAUUACCAUUAUAUUUGCGUUUAAUAAUAUUAUUCUGUAGGUGUAGACUAUCCAUUUCCUUUUAUUUUAUUAAUAUUUAUAAAAAAUGUAUUCUAUUAUAUCUAAAUAAUGUUGUUAUGUAAUCGAACUCAGAGAGUUUAUUGGUUCAAAUUGUGGGUGGAUAAGGCUGUGGUUUCUCAUAGAAGAAAGGUUUUUAAAACUAAAAACUAGGCAAAGUUGUUAGAACAAAAGAAAUUUCACAUUAAUUUUUUGUUGUUUUUCCGCGUUCACACAAUGUUAGAAGGCAGCCCAAGUUCACUGAUGCAAAAUAAACUGUUUCUGUGUUAACACCUCUGGUGUUCAGUUCAGUGUAAUCAAAAUAUUAUCAUGAAUAUAACAUUUGAAUUGAUUAGCAUAAUACACUUCAUGCCAAUUUUGUUCUCUCGCCGCAAAAUUUAGUGGUGCUCUAAAAUCAAGCCCAGUGCUCAAGUCCAGAUGGCUUAUACAAUCACACAUCUGCUGCAGUCUAUCUAUAAACCGCAACUGUCUAUCAACAAUUUCCAUUGACGUAGAUCAAAACUAUACUGAACAGAUCAAAUGUCACUCAGGAAUAGGCAAUUCCAAUAUUGGAAACUCAUUAUUUUGUGGAUGGGCAUUUGAAGUUGCAAUUAACCCAAGUCACCGAUUCAGGAAUACGAUUAGCAUGUAACAUUAUUAUAUGCAAUUGAUAUAUAAUCGACAAUUUCCACUAAUGUAGGUCAAAACUUCUCUGAACAGUUACUGGUGUCAACUUGGCUGUCAAUUAGCUUCUUGUCAACGUGGAAUUAGUGAAUUGGAACUGACAGUCGUUUGUUACCAUUAAGAUUUUAAUAGUUGAAGUAUAUUUUCAAAUAACAUUACCGUACACAAUAGUCGAAGUGGCGAAAUAUAUUUCCUCAAUUUUUUAUUUCGUAACAGUUGAUUAUGUAUGUUUUUUUUUUUGAAAUAAAUUGCGAUUGAAUCCCAAGAAAAAACGCACACAAUAUGAUUGUAUUCCGAUAGGAGAGUAAAAAUAAUUGAAAUACUCUGAUUUUAUUGUAAAUUAAAAAAAAAUACAGUAUUAUUCAGACCUGAGCGAAAUGUAAUUUUUGAAAAGAUAGUGUUAUUACAGAUAGACUUCCAAAUAAAAAUAAUAGAACAAACUAUUAGCCAGAUAUUUUUAUAUAUUCUCAUAAAUUUAUUUUUUUAAACGGAGUGAUGAGUUAUGAACUUAAUGAUGGACUAGUGAGUAAAAGCAUAAGAAUUCAAUAUAAAUUACUAAGAAAUGUAAAAAUCUAUUUUUGACUCAACUAUUCAUUUGAAUGGAAGUAAAUAAUAAUUAUCUGUAUAGUUGAAUUUACCAUAGCAACUAAUUCAGUUUUAAAUAACAACUAUAAUUUAUUGAAGUCGAAUUUAAAGUUUAAUAUUCAAAUUCAUCACCAUUUGCCUAAAAACUAAUAGAGUUGAAUGAUAAUUAAUCAUUUCUUUAACUCUUAGUCUAGUCAUUUGUCUAGUUGAUGAUUAAUUAAUACCAAAAAUAAAAUUUUCGAGUAUUCUUGAUAAUUAUCUGUUCUAUAUUAUUGUUAUCUAUAAUUAACAAAUUAAAAAACUAGUGAAUUCAGUAUUAUUCAAAAUACGAAAACUCGUACAUAAAACAUUAUUACCGUUAAAAAGCAUUGAAAUAGUUUAUUCCUCAAAGUAAGUUGUGAUUCUUGUUGAUAUUUUUUUUAUCUAGGGCUACUCAAUAUUUUUUUCAAUUAAUUAAGUUUCAGAUUUCUUCUCGUAGCCAUGGCAUGCUUCGGUUAUCAAGAGUGUCAAAAUAGAAUAAUUAGGGAAUGAACAGAUUAUUCUAAAUAUAAUAUUCAAUAGAAAUGAAAUCAAUGAUCUUUCUUCAUUAAGAAAGCUUGUACCGUCUUUAUUCAGUGUGUUGAAUGUGCUCUACCAAACUAAUGAUGAAAUCAAUUCUCUAUCCAUUUAUCAUUUAAUGGUUUUUCUAUUUGUUUAUUUAUGGCAAAAUUACUACCGUUAUAACUACAGUCAGAUAAUGUUUUGUUUGUUGCGCGAAAAAGUAAAAAUCAAGAAUUUUUAUGAUGAAGCAAUUACAGUUAUUCUUUCAUCGAUUUGACAACCCCCAUUAUAGGUGUGCUAUCUAGUUGUAGCAAGCACAUUGGAAGGUGGCACUUGGCACUAGAUUGAUAAAUGCCUUCAUUUUUACACUUCAAAAAAUAACAAGUGGCACUAGUGGUUUUGGUAGGGAAGAAAGUGGCCGUCUUUGGGGUGUUUUGUGGGUUACCUGUAAACCUUGUUGAGUUAAUGAUAAUCUACUGGGAAAACCAUGCUGCAGAUCGAUGGUUUUCUCAGAAAACAACCAUUCUAUUCUCUCAGAACUUUUCCUCAUAAUUCUAUUUCGAUACUUGAUUAUGGUAUAACCGAAACAUGUAUACGAAAAGAAAACUUGUAGACCUACUAGUAAACUCAUCCAAAGAAUUAUUCGCGUUAAAUAUGUUUUAGACAAAUUUCGGGUCAUUACAGUCAGUAUUCCUUUGUAUUCCUUCAAUUGAGAUUAUAAUAAUUUAAAUUAAAUGCUCAUUUAAUAAGAUUAAUAAUAAGAUUGACUAAUAAUUUGGAAAAAAUAGCAUUUAUCUUUGCAGCCUCAAACUUUUUAUUGUUGAUAAUUAUUAAAUUCAUGUAAUUUUUUAAGCGCUUGCCAUAUUUUCUUUGUAAAUUUGUUAAUUGUUUGUUGGAAUUUUAAAUCAUGUUGUUGAUGACUGUAGUUAUUACAGCACUCUUGUAGAUUUUACCGUAAGUUUUGUAUUUUGUGUGCCAUGAGUUGAAGCGAUGCCAACAAACAUCUGAAUCAUUUAAUGUUAUUCAUAUUAUAAAUAUAUUAUACGUCCAUUUCAAUGUAUAGCCCAAGUGCUUUUAUCGCUAUUUAUGUUACUCUCAAUAUAAAAACUGAUUGUCAAUUUGCAAUGCCUUACUGAUGUAAUCGCUGUCUGAAAUAAAGUAAAUGAUCAAAAUCA